AUGGCUCGUUUCAGCAAGUACGACUCGAACCCCAAGGCUUGGAUUGAUCUCCAGAGUGAGGAACGCAGCCUUGCUAUUGCGAAGUGGCAGCGCAUCAUUCUUGUUGAGCCCCUUGCCUUUGGACUUGCACGUGAUUUCCAUGCUUCGAAGGCAGCAGGGUUGGGUACUGGUCCUUUUCUUAACAGCGUGGCAGAUGCCUUGGCAGUGAAAGCAACGUCUACUUUGCACUCGCGUGCGAAUGCUCUUAUGAGGUAUGUUGCCUGGGCUUCGGGCAAGACUGCGAUAGUUUUUCCUGCCGCUGAGCCUCUUGUGUAUGCUUACUUCGAUGAUGUGAAGGACAAAGCUGCACCGACUUCCUUGAAGAGUGUUCUCUCCGCUUUUGCCUUCGCAAAGUAUGUUGUGGGCUUGAAGGGUGUUGAUGAGAUUUUGGAGUCGGGUCGUGUUCGGGGCCUGGCAGCUCGGCUUUUCUUGCAGAAGAGGAAGCUCCUUCAACGAAACCCCUUGAAAGUCGAACAUGUUGCGCUGCUUGAGAGAAUUUGCUGUGGUCUUGAAGGGAGGUCCCUGCAAGAUAGGAUGGCAGCGGGCUUUUUCCUUUUCCUAGUGCACGCGAGAGCCAGGUUCUCCGAUGCCCAGCGUGUGUGCAAGCUCCUUUUUGUGCGCCUGAUCUCAGCAUAUCUCGAGGUCCACGUUUCGAGGAGCAAGACCAGCUUCUCCCUCGAGAGGAAGGUUAGGUUCUUGCCGAUGGCAGCUUGUGCUUUGGGUCUGUCGGGUCUCAGGUGGGCCGAUGCUUGGAUCGAUGUCAUGGAAGAAUGUGGGAUUCGUAUCCACGAGGAUUCGCCCCUCCUGCCGUGUCCGGGUUCCAACGGGACCUGGAGGAAUGUGCCUUUGCCGUGCGACCAGGCUUGUGUGUGGCUCAGGAGCCUGCUUGCCCAGGGAGUGGGCCCCGAUGAGUACUUGAACAAUGUGGGCUAUCAUACUUCGAAGUCUGCCGGUGUGGGCACGGAGCUCAUCUAUGAAGUCGAUGCUCAGUCGGCCCCCCUCAGGGCCAUGGCGUCGAUGCUGCGUGAGGUCCGCUCUGGGAAGUUCAUGCCUGACAACCCAAGAGGGCAACAGCUGGCAGAGGAAUGUGAGAGGUCCGAUGAGGAGGAUCCACCUCACUCCGAGGAUGAUAUGGCGUCGUCUUCGGGCUCCUCGGUCGACGAAGAGGAACGUGACCACUCAGUAGGCUUAGAAGAAGCUGAUGUCGCGGCCCUUAAACGGGCUGGCAUCACUACUCUGGCCCGGGUAGCCUUCAUGUCAAGCUAUACGCCAGGAUCGGGCGAUGACAAGGAGCUCAUCGCCGCGUUUGAGACGGCACUUGGAGGCCCGGCAAGUUUGGGGCAGAAGGCAGCCUUUCGCAGGUUGUUCCAUGAGAGCUUUGCUGUCACUACGAGUGAAAUGCGCUCGUUGGUGGAGCGGACCGAUGAAACAGCGCCUAGGAAGCUUUCGGUGCCGGAGCGCUCCGAGAGGUUCGCUGCCAUCGUGAAGAAGUUGCCGGGGUUGGACAUCCGGAAUCGAAUGGAGCCAUCAGAUGCUCUGGUGGAUGCGUGUGUCGCCAUCUAUGAGCAGAAUCGCCUCCAAUACCUGGAGUGGGAUCGUCUGACAAGCAAAGAGCACGAGGCACAGACGAGUGCCAAGAGAGAGUCGGUCUUGUCCAUUGACAGCUCGGGGAAACUCAAGACUGAGAAGCCUGACCCGGGGCGUGCAGACACGUCCAGUGAGUUCCUCAUCCACCUUGCGUUGUCCCGUCGAGGCAUUGCUUUUGAGAUGGCGAAUCUCUUAGAUUUUGUCCAUCACAGCCGUUGGGUAGAGAAGCUUCUGAGUGCACGCUUGGACGUUGUUCCUUCCUCUCACAAUCUACCAACCUUCAUGCAGUUGCAGGCUGCAGAUCGCAAGUUGUUCCAGUGCCUUGCUGAUCAGACACGUGCCGGCCUCCAGGUCACAGCAUCGGGAAGGCCUUUGGAUCAGGUGUUCGAAGCCGCCACCUGUUCAACGGAGGUUGUCAGCUUGAUGCAGCCAUUGCCUAAGGCUGCUGGCGCUGGCUCUGAGAAAGAGCGUAAUGGGCCUUACGGCUUUCCGCCGCCCCCUCCUGGAGGGAAGGGCCGUGGAAAGGGGAAGCGAGGUAAGGCUGCCGUUCGGCAGAUGAAAAUGCCCCAGGGGCUGGAAGGCUGUCGGAGCCACACGAACGGCGGAGACCCCAUAUGUUUCGGAUACGGCACAGCGUCCGGAGAGGAUGCAGUUUUCGAGCCGGGCGCUCCCGUAGUACCAGGCGUCGCUGCCUCGCAAG